UAUGCAGCUAAAAGCCCAAAACAAAAGAAAAGUCCUAACUAAGCAACUCUCUCAUUCACACCACAAACAACCUUACCUUUCUUGUUCUUUUCUCCAAAAAUCCAUUGCCUAAAUGGAAGCCAUAGUCAACCUCCUCAGCACAAACCCACUCUUUCAAGCUACUUUUGGGAGGUAACCUUUUUUCUUUUUUUUAUUCAAACGAAAGAACUGCAAUGGGUUUGCUUUUCUUCCUAGAACUUAGCAACAGAGAAACACCAUUUCAAAAGUGAUUCUUUUUUUUCUUUUCAAUAAUGUUUUUUGUUUGUUGGUUCUGUUUUCUGUUCUUGUUGUUUUUCUUUAUUUCAAAAAUUUCCAGAUGGACACAAGGAGGAAACCCCCCUGCAAGUCCUUUUGUUCUUCUUUUGGUUACAAUGGGGACAAAGCCUCAAAGAAAUUUCCCCAUUUCAUUUUCUUCUAGGCGUGUUUUAAACGAAAAGCUAUUACUUCCAAAGUCAUGCAUGGGCUCCACAUCCAUGCAGAAAAAUGUAAAAAUGGUGCAAUCAUAGUCUCAGCCUCGGUCUUUCUUCUGCACUAGUACAAGACCAGCAGUCAAGUCAACCCCAAUUCCCUAUACCCCACCAUUGUUUGUUUCCUCUCUUCCCUGCGAAUUUCCCAGUCUUUGAAUCUUUCUUCCUCUAUUAUUACUUGGUUUCCUUCAGCCUGAACCAUGGAAGACUUUUAUAGAUAGCCCUCUCCCAAAUGCAAACAUUCAUAUAAUACAAAAAAAAAAAAAGGUGAAGGGAAAAAUCUUCUACACUCAGCAAAAAUGGUCUGGUAUGGGCAAAGCUUGCUCUUUUAUUCACUAUGCUUAUUUUUUUACCCCACCAUGGUGUUUUCUCAACUAUCCUCAACCCAAAGAGACGCCAUGGUUAGUUUAUAUGAGAGUCUGAAUGGUACUAGUGUUCCAUGGGAUAUUAACAAACAGCCAAACCCCUGUUCAUGGAAGGGAAUCAGCUGUGACUCCACCAGUUCGUCUAUUACUGGUAUUUCUUUAUCUGGGUUUUCACUCUCUUCCUUUGAUUUUCUGCCUAUUGUCUGCAAGAUUGAUUCUUUGCAGAUGCUUGAUGUAUCAAACAACCGGCUCAGCACAAUCCUGGCAGAGUUUAUCAGAGAUUGUGGGAGGAUUGAUGGGUUGAAACUGCUGAAAUUUAGCAACAACAGGUUGGUUGGUCAUUUGCCUAAAUUUGAUGGUUUUGUUGGGUUGGAGUUUUUGGACUUGUCUCAUAAUUCCUUUGAAGGGAACAUUAGUUUAGAGUUAGAAGGAUUAAUUGGACUUAAAAGCUUGAAUCUUAGUGUCAACCUUUUCAAUGGGUCUCUUCCUAUUGGAAAUUCCAAGGUGCUGGAGGAACUUCAGGUUUCCAGAAAUCGUUUUGAUGGUAGAAUCCCUGAAGAAAUUGUGGAUUAUCGAAAUUUGAGACUGAUUGAUCUUAGCCAAAAUAACCUUGUUGGGUCUGUUCCUGAUAAAAUUGGUGAGCUAUCCAAAUUGGAGGUUUUGAUUCUCUUCUCUAAUAAACUAAGUGGAGAAAUCCCAAAAAGCCUUUCCAAUAUCACCACCCUCUCACGUUUGGUAGCGCGUCAAAACCAGUUUGUUGAUGCAAUUCCUAGUGGAAUAACCAAAUAUCUCAAGAAUUUAGACCUUAGUUAUAAUAACUUUAGUGGUUCAAUUCCAUCAGACUUUUUGUCACCACCAAAUUUGCAGACUAUGGAUUUGUCACAUAAUAUGUUGAAUGGAUCGAUACCUACAAACAAGUCUGGUAGCUUAAUCAGGUUGCGGCUGGGCAGCAAUCAACUUGGUGGGAAGAUCCCUGCAUCAUUUGCAGAGCUCCAGAACUUGAUGUACUUGGAGCUGGAAAACAAUAACUUCACUGGAACCAUACCUCCUGAAUUGGAUUCUUGCCAUAGCUUGGCACUGUUGGACUUGUCUCAGAAUCGUCUGACAGGACCACUCCCAGGGGAGUUGGGUAAUCUUAAAAGCCUUCAAGUCUUAAAACUUCAAUUCAAUCAUCUGAGUGGUGAAAUCCCAGUUGAGAUUACCCAACUAUCAAGUUUAUUAAUACUUAAUAUCAGCUGGAAUUCUCUGAGUGGUUCAAUUCCUCCUUCCAUUUCAAAUUUGCACAACCUUGCUCACAUUAACUUGCAAGGCAACUUUCUUAGUGGUUCCAUACCAGAUUCCAUUGUCACCAUGACUACCCUUUUGGAACUCCAACUUGGGAAAAACCAACUGAGUGGAUACAUUCCAUGGAUGCCACCAAAUUUGCAGAUUGUUUUGAACUUAAGCAGCAACCUUUUUGAAGGACCUAUUCCAAAAAAUCUUGGUGGACUUGAUCGAUUAGAAGUGUUAGAUCUUUCAAAUAACAACUUCUCAGGUGAGAUUCCAAAAUUUCUUACUGGAUUGCCAUCCUUGACAGGGUUGAUACUUGCUAAUAAUAGCCUCUCUGGAGUUAUCCCCAUCUUUAAGCCAUGGGUUGAGCUUGAAUAUGGAGGAAAUGAGGGUCUGAACAAAGCUCGAGAAUCAAAUACUCCCCAUGCAUCAGAGGAGGGAACACCAAUGAAAGUGAAUAUGCCAAUUCUCAUUGCAGCCUUGUUGCUUUUUCUCUUUCUUUCUUUUAUUUGUUUGGGAAGUAGACACAAUUGUAUAUUAACAAAGAACAAGUUAGUGAUUCUAAUAUGAUUAAAAUAUGUAUCUUGCAUCUUGCAAAGUACUGCCUUGUCUCAAUUUGGACACAAAUAUUACUUGUUAGCUUGUCAGCUACAGUAUUCCAUUUUUCUGGAGAUGUAAACCUUAUUAUGUAAAAUUCUAAAGUGCAAAGAAGAGGUUGUAAUAUUAUUUGGUCUCA